AUGGCAAUGCCAAGAUAUCGUCCCCUUCAUCUCUGUCUACUCAUCUUGGUCAUCUACACCACUCCUUCCAUAGGACUCCUCAAUGGCACCGAGCUCCUCAAGGCGGCCUGCAACCAAACGUCCGACUACGCAUUCUGCUAUGCUACUUUAACUGCCGACCCCAACGCAGGUGGCCCACAAGCCCUUGCCGGCGACCUUGCUAAUGCUGCUUUACGUUUAGCUCAAACCAAGGCCACCCACGCGCAAUCCCUCAUACCUCUCCUCCUUCAAAAUGCCACCACCUCUUUGGACCACAACCGUCUCCAAAUGUGCCAAAGUAGCAACAACAAGGCCAUUUCUCAGCUCUCAUCGGCUAACAAUGACUUCAACUCCGACUCACUCGACACCAUGGUGGAAGAGAUAAACACUGCUGCUCGGGCUACUAAUGACUGCUUGAAUGAGAUCCAAGACAAAGGCACCCACUUUUCACUUUUGGCAACCAUCAAUGCAGAUUUGAUUAAACUCUAUGAAAUCUGUAUUGUAUCCACUAGAUAUUUUACUGUUGAAGAUUUGUACUAG